GUGACACAGCUGCCUUACAGAAGCAAAAGCAACCUGGAGAAUACCUGUGGAGUAUUCUUUCACUGCUGACUUUGGAAGAAGAACUUUCUCUCCUAUCUGAAUUGAACUACAGGAGCCAAAAUGAAAACGAUCUUCCACUCCUUCCUCUAUUGCUGCCUGCUGGCUUCAGUAGCACACUGUGUGGAACUUGAGGUGAAUCCCGAGUUGAAAAAAAGACUAAGCAUAUGGCUUGGGAGCAGAUUGAGACGGGAUCUUGAAACCGUCGCAGUACAGAAAACAGCAGGGUCUGAAAACUUUGUCAGGCCAGAGGACAUCAGGGAUACCUUGCUGCCACAUUCCAGCACUGACAUAAAGAUUCGAACCAAGAGAUCCGCAGGUUGUAACCUGGGUACCUGCUCGGUGCACAUCCUGGCACAUCGUGUACAACAGUUCAAAGACAACAAGCUGAAGAUCAGCGUCCCUAUUAGCAAAAUGAGCGCUCACGGAUAUGGCCGGAGGCGCAGAUCUGUUCCAGAGAGGCAAAUCUCCCUGAGGAUGGAGGAGGGCAGGUUGAGACCCGUGUGGAGUCUGAACAAUUCACAAGUUCACAAGUUUGAAGCUCUACUCAGAAGGACAUGAGGAGGACUUUGAAAGAGGACUUGGGAGCAAAAUCAAGGGAGCUGGACUCUCCAGCUUGUGUCCCCUUUUGCUUGGCUUUGAAAUUCUCCAAAUGCCUCAGACUCUUGCCUAGUAUACUCCAGCGCAUUUGUUCCAGACAGGGACUGAGUCAGAGUGAUUCUGGAUGCAGUCGUGGCUCCAGGAUACUUGAGCCUUGCGGCUCAGUGGACUAGAGUUUGCAAACAGCUGGCUUAAAGAAACUGGAUGGCACAGUGUGGAGCAAACUGCAGGUGCUGUUCUCUGCCUGGCAGAGGAAAAGGAUGAGUGGAAAUACAUGUGGGCACAUCCUGAAAGAGGGAAACCUCUAUUAACAUUUUAGAACUUUACACACGUAUUCCUCAUGGCCUAGACUUUAAAAAGUGCUAUUCCCGAAGGACUACAUCAUGUUCUAUAAGACUGCUAAUAAUGGCUUGCACUUUUCCUUUUGAACUAAAGCAGAAUGAAUCAUAAAGAAAAGAUAUCAUUAUCAAUAUGCCUACAGAGCUUUAAUGCUCUCCGUUUAUAUCAAGUUUUGGACACUGUACAAGGGAAAAUGCCUUAGAUUCUUUGAGCUAUGUGCCAAUCCAUACUGGAUUUAACUAUACUUGAAAAUGUUUUUGUCUGUUAAAAAAACAAAGAAAAAAAAACAUGUGCAAUCUUAUUUUUUUAGUGCAGAUAUUUGUGUAUAUAUAUGAAUUUCUUUAUUUAAAUAUUAUAUAAAAGUUACAUUAAAGUACUUAUGCAUAUAAAGCUAUUUUUGUACAGAAAGAGAGAUAUAUAUGGGCAUUUUAGCUAUUUGUCAUUAUUCCUUUGCAAACUGUGCUAAAUCGAUGUGUUUUAUAUGUAUGUUAUUUUAUAUUUGUAAAUGUAUUUUAUUUUAUUUGUGUCAUUCAAUAAAACUGUUGCACACAAAAUCUAAAA